GGAAUGGGAUCAGGGAGCGGAAUCCAUGGUCGUAGGGUGAUCGGCGGGUGGACAGUAGCGAUCAGAAGACGAGAGAACACAAGGAGAGUGAGCUCUGACGUUGAAGAUGUCAUUUAAAGGGAAGCCACCAGCUAGAGCACCAGUAGACAAGCACAAAACAUGUGAUGCAAUAGGAGUGUGGGCACUGUGGAGAAUGCAGAAGGCACUUAUGCCCAGAGAAGAAGAUGUGAAGACAGAUGCUUCACACACUGUCAGACGUGUGGCUUUCACCCAAGGGAAGGAGGAGAGGAGAAGCGUGCCAGUCGGGAAUAGGACGCCGGUCCCGCUCCUCGAUCCCAGGCAUUGGCGAGUGUGGCGCGAGACUUUUGUCGAUCGGUCUGUGUGCUUGGCUCAAGUGGAGGUGACGUGGACGAGGACCGACGAGCAUCAGGCGUGUAUUGAGUACCUGGAGCUGCUGAUCAUCCAGGCUUGGAGAACUGACGUGGAGGGCCAUCUUCUCGGCUUUCUUUUCGGAUCGGUGCGGCCAGGCCAUCGCCAGCUAAUUGUCCAGGAACUCGUCGUCCCGCUCGCGCAACUGGUUGACGACCUCUCUCUCGAUAUUGUUUCGCAAAGUGACAAGAGUCCGGCUCUGCAUGUCGUUACGCGAACCUUGGCGCCGUAUCUUCAGUGGACUGCAUGCUUGGAGGAACCAGGGAGUGAAAGCGUCCUGCCAUCGCGGCAGGAGUACUUGAAGCCGUCGGGAAUCAUCAAUCUCGCCUUCUAUCCGAAGCAAGAUACAUCCGAGGAGGCAGGAGAAAAAGAAGCCACCGAAGAAGAGGACGACGCCGAAGAAGAAACGUCGGAGGAAGGGAGCUAUAGCGAGCACAGCAAAGGGGAGCAAAGUGUAGAAGAGGAAGAAGAAGAAGAAGAAGACGACGAAGAGGAGGAAGCUGGAUCGGAGUGGGUGGCUUUGCCGGAGGAAGCGGCGCGCACAAGCACAGAGGCGGAAGCUCCCGAGGCGGCACGAAAGAGAGAAGAGAUCGUCGUCAGGAAAAGCCAGUUGGAGUUCGCCAGCGAGGUGAACCUGCGCAUCAACGACGACCCGACCAGGGAUCUGGAGCCCCCCAAGCCCGAAGAUGGCGACCCAGCAACUGCGCCUCCGAGCACAUCGCGACGGAGAAGAUCCCCCUCCCCCUCCACCUCAGCCCGUCCCCCAGUUCGUCCAUGUACCGAUGCGGGGGAUCGACCUUCGUCCCCGGUCAUUAUCCCGCCGUCCCCUUGAUUACCUCACCCUCUGUGAGAUCUCUACCCCCGUCACCUUCACUCGCAACCCCUUCUC